AUGGCUUCAUCUCUGGUAAGAAUGACCUCUAGGUUUUUUGGCUUUUUACUUUUGGGUCUCUGGAUGGCCUCCAUGGUUUGCCAGUUUUCUGGCCUCCAGGUUCGUUGGCUUUGUGGGUCUUUGACUUCUUGGGUCUCUAAUGGUUUCAUGGUCCUUCAUCGGUCAUUAAUUCUAGGUAUAUAUCAUUCUCUUUGAUAUUAAAACCCGUCUCUUGUAGGUUUCUUCUGAUGGAUUCUUUGGCUGCUCAUCGAUCUGCCCCUUAUCUACUUUGUCUUGCUGUGCUUUAUUGUUGUAUAAACAGUUUUUGUAAUAAAUGUCCUCUGUCUAUUUGUUUUAUUUCCCAA